AUGCCUCAGGAGAAGCCAACUAUUGCAUGCUUCGGAGCUACCGGCGGGUGCGUAGCCGCGGCCUUAACAAGCGCACUGAAAGAUGGCUUCUAUUGCACAGCUCUUGCGAGGACCCCAGAGAAGCUGCGCAGUAUCUUAAUUGACGAGCACAAAAUCCCGUUGGCCACCAUCAACCAAUAUCUUACGAUCUACGAAGGAGAUAUCAAGGAUCCAGCCAUCGUCCAAAAAGCUCUUAUCAGCCCAACUCACACCGCCUCCGUUGUCGAUUUUAUUCUGAGUGGUGUUGGCGCCUAUCCAACUUUCCAAUGGAGCCUCAUGAGACCCUUUCCACUCACAGAUCCUACCAUCACCGAAGAUGCUAUGAACACCAUAUAUGCCGCUCUGUCCAGCCUUUCUGCCUCUUCUAUCACUAAUACGAGUGCCGGACAGAAACCUCUUCUAGUGGCAAUUAGUACGGCAGGCUGUGGGCGAAAUAGAGGGAUUCCCUUACCAAUUUACCUUCCGUACCACUACCUUCUUGGGGGACCUCUGGCCGAUAAGAAACGCAUGGAAAAGGUGAUCAUGGCAGGGAAGAACGAUUAUAUCCGGGAUUUCGUUAUCAUGCGGCCAUUGAUUUUGACAGAUGGAGAGGCGAAAGGUGAAAACCAGCUCAGAGUAGGCUGGGAAUGGGGCACUGAUGAUGGAAAGGGUGAAUGUGAAGAGCCAGGUCCCGAGAUUGGUUAUUUUGUCAGUCGAAAGGAUGUUGGGAAGUGGAUGUUUGAUAACGUCGUCGUUCAGGGUGGCUGGGAAGGGAAGUGUGUGUAUUUGACCUAG